UGCAGCCUCAGCCCAGAGGAAAACUUUGUAAGAGCAAAAUCUGGAGCCUUCCAGACGUGACUGUCCCGGGAGAAGUGGCUCAGGGCGGGCAGAAGACACAGCCUGAAGAGAUCCAGGAAGAGGAAAAGAGGAGUAACGCGCCGGAGCCUUCCGCAGCUGCCGCCUCAGAGCGAAGGAGGAAGGGAACCGGCCCACUUUCUCAGCGCCACGGCUCUUCCCUAAAGUGAUUACUUCCUUAGGAUAGAUUGCCAGAAGUGGAGUUACUGGGUCAGAGGAAUGUGAAAUCCUUUGCAUCUUCUGAUAGUCUAGCCAAGGUCCAAGAAGUAGCAAGCUGGCUUUUGGAAAUGAAUCAGGAACUGCUCUCUGUGGGCAGCAAAAGACGACGAACUGGAGGUUCUCUGAGAGGUAACCCUUCCUCAAGCCAGGGAGAUGAGGAACAGAUGAAUCGUGUGGUUGAGGAGGAACAGCAGCAGCAACAGCUAAGACAACAAGAGGAGGAGCACACUGCAAGGAAUGGUGAAGUUGUUGGAGUAGAACCUAGACCUGGAGACCAAAAUGAUUCCCAGCAAGGACAAUUGGAAGAAAACAAUAAUCGGUUCAUUUCGGUAGAUGAGGACUCCUCAGGGAACCAAGAAGAGCAAGAAGAAGAUGAAGAACAUGCUGGUGAACAAGAUGAGGAGGAGGAAGAAGAAGAGGAAAUGGACCAGGAGAGUGAUGAUUUUGAUCAAUCUGAUGACAGUAGCAGAGAAGAUGAACAUACACAUAGUAACAGUGUCACAAACUCCACUAGUAUCGUGGACCUGCCUAUUCACCAACUCUCCUCCCCGUUCUAUACAAAGACAACAAAAAUGAAAAGAAAAUUAGACCAUGGUUCUGAGGUCCGCUCUUUUUCUUUGGGAAAGAAACCAUGCAAAGUCUCAGAAUAUACAAGUACCACUGGACUUGUACCAUGUUCAGCAACACCAACAACUUUUGGAGACCUGAGAGCAGCCAAUGGCCAAGGGCAACAACGACGCCGAAUUACAUCUGUCCAACCACCUACAGGCCUCCAGGAAUGGCUGAAAAUGUUUCAGAGCUGGAGUGGACCAGAGAAAUUGCUUGCUUUAGAUGAGCUUAUUGAUAGUUGUGAACCAACCCAAGUAAAACAUAUGAUGCAAGUGAUAGAACCCCAGUUUCAACGAGACUUCAUUUCCUUGCUUCCUAAAGAGCUGGCACUUUAUGUGCUUUCAUUCCUGGAACCCAAAGACCUGCUACAAGCGGCUCAGACGUGUCGCUACUGGAGAAUUUUGGCUGAAGACAACCUUCUCUGGAGAGAGAAAUGCAAAGAAGAGGGUAUCGAUGAACCAUUGCACAUCAAGAGAAGAAAAGUAAUAAAACCAGGUUUCAUACACAGUCCAUGGAAAAGUGCAUACAUCAGGCAGCACAGAAUUGAUACUAACUGGAGGCGAGGAGAACUCAAAUCUCCUAAGGUUCUGAAAGGACAUGAUGAUCAUGUGAUCACAUGCUUGCAGUUUUGUGGUAACCGAAUAGUUAGUGGUUCUGAUGACAACACUUUAAAAGUCUGGUCAGCAGUCACAGGCAAAUGUCUGAGAACAUUAGUGGGACACACAGGUGGAGUAUGGUCAUCACAGAUGAGAGACAAUAUCAUCAUUAGUGGAUCUACAGAUCGGACUCUAAAAGUGUGGAAUGCAGAGACCGGAGAAUGUAUACAUACCUUAUAUGGACAUACUUCCACUGUCCGCUGUAUGCAUCUUCAUGAAAAAAGAGUUGUUAGCGGUUCUCGAGAUGCCACUCUUAGGGUUUGGGAUAUCGAGACAGGCCAGUGUUUACAUGUUUUGAUGGGUCAUGUAGCAGCAGUCCGCUGUGUUCAAUAUGAUGGCAGGAGGGUUGUUAGUGGAGCAUAUGAUUUUAUGGUGAAGGUGUGGGAUCCAGAGACGGAGACCUGUCUACACACGUUGCAGGGGCAUACUAAUAGAGUCUAUUCAUUACAGUUUGAUGGCAUCCAUGUGGUCAGUGGAUCUCUUGACACAUCAAUCCGAGUGUGGGAUGUGGAGACGGGGAAUUGCAUUCACACGUUAACAGGACACCAGUCGUUAACAAGUGGAAUGGAACUCAAAGACAAUAUUCUUGUCUCUGGGAAUGCAGAUUCUACAGUUAAAAUCUGGGAUAUCAAAACAGGACAGUGUUUACAAACAUUGCAAGGUCCUAACAAGCAUCAGAGUGCUGUGACCUGUUUACAGUUCAACAAGAACUUUGUAAUUACCAGCUCAGAUGAUGGAACUGUAAAACUAUGGGACUUGAAAACGGGUGAAUUUAUUCGAAACCUAGUCACAUUGGAGAGUGGGGGGAGUGGGGGAGUUGUGUGGCGGAUCAGAGCCUCAAAUACAAAGCUGGUGUGUGCAGUUGGAAGUCGGAAUGGAACUGAGGAAACCAAGCUGCUGGUGCUGGACUUUGAUGUGGACAUGAAGUGAAGAGCAGAAAAGACAAAUUUGUCCAGAUGUGUAGACAAUAUACUCCCUGCCCUUCCCCCUGAAAAACAAACAAAAAACAGAAAACAAAACAAAACAAAACAAAACAACAGAAGAAAAAAGAAAAAAAAAAGAAAGAAAAAAGAAAAAGAAAAAAAAAAUCCCUUGUUCUCAGUGGUGCAGGAUGUUGGCUUGGGGCAACAGAGUGAAAAGAUCUACAGACUAAGAAGGAAAAGAGGAAGACAUGACAAACCGUAACUGACAAGAGAGGCGUCUGCUGUCUCAUCACAUAAAAGGCUUCACUUUUGACUGAGGGCAGCUUUGCAAAAUGAGACUUUCUAAAUCAAACCAGGUGCAAUUAUUUCUUUAUUUUCUUCUCCAGUGGUCACUGGGCAGCGUUAACGCUGAAGCUUCGUUACAGAUUCUGUUAGCCUGUCCUUUUACCACUGAGACCUAGGAAGGGGCUACAAUAACACCCAAACGAGGACUGGCUGACUUUCUCAAUAGAGAGCAUCUGCAACAAAAAGUCAUUUUUCUGGAGUGGAAAAGCUAAAAAAAAAAAAAAUUACUGUGAAUUGUUUUUGUACAGUUAUCAUGAAAAGCUUUUUUUUUUUUUUUUUUUUUUUUUUGCCAACCAUUGCCAAUGUCAAUCAAUCACAGUAUUAGCCUCUGUUAAUCUAUUUACUGUCGCUUCCACAUAUACUCUUCAACGCAUAUGUUGCUCAAAGGUGGCAAGUUGUCCUGGGUUCCGUGAGUCCUGAGAUGGAUUUAAUUCUUGAUGCUGGUGCUAGAAGUAGGUCUUCAAAUAUGGGAUUGUUGUCCCACCCCUGUACUGUACUCCCAGUGGCCAAACUUAUUUAUGCUGCUAAAUGAAAGAAAGAAAAAAGCAAAUUAUUUUUUUUUAUUUUUUUUCUGCUGUGACGUUUUAGUCCCAGACUGAAUUCCAAAUUUGCUCUAGUUUGGUUACAGAAAAAAGACUUUUUGCCACUGAAACUUGAACCAUCUGUGCCUCUAAGAGGCUGAGAAUGGGAGAGUUUCAGAUAAUAAAGAGUGAAGUUUGCCUGCAAGUAAAGAAUUGAGAGUGUGUGCAAAGCUUAUUUUCUUUUAUCUGGGCAAAAAUUAAAACACAUUCCUUGGAACAGAGCUGUUGCUGCCUGUUCUGUGGAGAAACUUUUCUUUUUGAGGGCUGUGGUGAAUGGAUGAACGUACAUAAUAAAACUGACAAAAUAUUUUAAAAAUAUAUAAAACAAAUAAAGUUGCUGGUCAGUCUUAGUGUUUUACAGUAUUUGGGAAAACAACUGUUACAGUUUUAUUGCUCUGAGAAACUGACAAAGCAGAAACUAUACAGUUUUUGUAGUAAAGGCGUCACAUGCAAACAAACGAAAUGAAUGAAAAAGUCAAAUGGUUUGCCUCAUUCUCCAAGAGCCACAACUCAAGCUGAACUGUGAAAGUGGUUUAACACUGUAUCCUAGGUGAUCUUUUUUUCCUCCUCCUGUUUAUUUUUUUUUUGUUUGUUUUAUUUAUAGUCUGAUUUAAAACAAUCAGAUUCAAGUUGGUUAAUUUUAGUUAUGUAACAACCUGACAUGAUGGAGGAAAACAACCUUUAAAGGGAUUGUGUCUAUGGUUUGAUUCACUUAGAAAUUUUAUUUUCUUAUAACUUAAGUGCAAUAAAAUGUGUUUUUUCAUGUUA